CCCGCGGCGGCGGUGCCAGUACCCAGCCGCCGCGGUCGGGGCCGGCUUUCCGCAGGGGCGGCCGGGGGCGCGGGGGUGCGCGGGCGGCGACCGCGCCAUGCAGUACCAGCCGCCGGGCGCGGCGCCGGCCGCCCUGGGCGUCGGCGUCCCGCUGUACGCGCCCACGCCGCUGCUCCAGCCCGCGCACCCCACGCCCUUCUACAUCGAGGACAUCCUGGGCCGCGGCCCCGCCGCCGCCCCGGCCCCCCACUCCCUGCCCGCCCCGCCGCCGCCGACGCUGCCGUCGCCCAACUCCUCCUUCACCAGCCUGGUGUCCCCGUACCGGACCCCCAUCUACGAGCCGACCCCCGUCCACCCGGCCUUCUCCCACCACCUCGCCGCCACCUAUGGCACCGGCGCCUACGCCGGGCCCCUCUACUCCUUUCCCCGCGCCGUCGGCGACUACGCGCACGCCCUGAUCCGGCAGGACCCCCUGGGGAAGCCGCUGCUCUGGAGCCCCUUCAUCCAGCGGCCGCUGCACAAGAGGAAGGGGGGGCAGGUCCGCUUCUCCAACGACCAGACCAUCGAGUUGGAGAAGAAGUUCGAGACGCAGAAAUACCUCUCCCCGCCGGAGAGGAAGCGUCUGGCCAAGAUGCUGCAGCUCAGCGAGAGGCAGGUCAAAACCUGGUUUCAGAAUCGCAGAGCCAAAUGGAGGCGUCUAAAGCAGGAGAACCCCCAGGCCACCAAAAAAGAAGAAGUAGAAGGUGCUGACAGUCACAGUGACCAAAGGCCGGAGGGCUGCCAGAGCCCUGAGCAGAAGGGUAAGGAGGUCUCUCUGGAUGGCUCACAGUACACCCCCUCACCAGCCUCACAGGAGGACCUGGAGUCAGACGUCUCUGAUGACUCUGAUCAAGAAGUGGACAUUGAAGGCGAUAAAGGCUUUUACACUGCUGCCCACUAACAGUCCCAUGCAGAGAGCGGACCUAACUCGGCUUGCACUUUACCAGGGGCUCGUUUGAAAGAAUAUUGUGCUACAGGAGAAAAACUCUCACCGUUACAUUGAAAGAAAAAAGCAUCACCAAAGAGACUAAUUUUAUAACAAGCAGAGAAAGAAAGAUAUAUUUUCUGCGAACAGUUCAGUUUUGGCAUCUCUAAUUUGGUUAAAGGACCAUGGUUUGUAUUUAAUUAUUUGUAAGAUAUGUUUGUACAAUAAUCAAUGUUCUAACUGGAAUAUUAUCCUGCACCCUGUCCUUACAGGGUGGUGGAGAGGGUCUGAAUCAGCUGCUGUCGGUGAUCAGGCAAAACUCUAACUAGUGUGGAAGUGAGUAUGGAUUGCAGGACUAAGCCCUUUAUAUGUGUAAACAAACGUACUUUAAAUAGAUUAAUUUAAACGCCCUUUGUACGCAGAGAAACAUGUUCUGUGAAAUAGGGAGGGAUUUGACCAUCCCGAGAAGUGCCUUAUACUCACACCCUUUUAUGUGCUCUCUACUGAGACAUCCUUCCGUUUGUCAGGCAGAGUUGUCAGAUUCCUUUUUCUUCUUGUGUGAGAUGAAAUGUGCCUUCUCAGAUUUUUGAGAAUUUUGCCUCACAGCUUGGAUGGUUCCAUUUGCGGAAAAAAAAAAAGUUUCUCCUUUAAAAUCUCUAGCACUGUUUUUUAUGGAUUUCAUAUUUGAGAAGAAAAUGCAGGGAGUGAUAGGGCCCUGCUGCAGGACAGAAACUGGCAUCAGCUGCAGGGCAUAAGUGAGGCACACAGCUGUGGGAAGAUAAUGCCUAUCGUACACGUAUCUGCUUCUGUACAUACUAGUUUUCUUUAAAAGUCUUGUGGUUUUAUACCUCACAUUGUUCAUAUUUUGUACAUAUUUGUUCAGUGUUUAAAAAAAAAGUCAAAACCUGGUAUUUAAUUUUUGAUGGACAUAUCUGUGAAAUAAACCUAAACUCUGCAACACU